AUGACCAAUGAUGAAGAAUCAAAGGCAACCAAGGCGGACUCUGAAGAACUUUCCAAGGAACGAUGGUACUCCACGCUUUUUCAAAUUGUAAUACCAUUUUUUCUGGCCGGCCUGGGCACGAUUACGGCCGGACUUAUGCUAGGCAAAGUGCAGGAUUGGACGGUUUACCUUCACGUUAACGAACUCUUCGUCCUGGUAUCCGUGCUAUGCGGCCUGAAAGGUAACCUGGAUAUGUGCGUGGCCUCGCGCAUUUGCACCCACUCCAAUAUUGGCGAUCUGUCCAACCGGAAGACAGUGCUGAAGAUAGUCGUCGGCAAUAUGGCCCUCGUUCAGCUGCAGGCCAUCAUCUGUGCCUUGCUGCUCAGCCUGAUGACGGUGGCGGUCAGCACUGCGGUGAACCGGAAGCAUAACUAUAAGCACUUCCCUCUCUUGGCAGCGGCAGCUCUGAUCACCUCCAGUUUCUCCUGCUUUCUGCUCGAUUCCUUUUUAAUGGUUAUUGUCCUGUUCUCAAGCCGCUACCAUUUCAAUCCGGACUACAUGGCCAUACCAAUCGUGGCUUCCCUCGGCGACGUGGUGACCAUCAGCGUGCUCUCCUUUACGGCAGCCUCGAUAAAUAGCCUGUCCGAGGCAUAUAGCUGGAUCAGCAUUUGCGUGGUGGUCAUCUACCUGGUCGUUUUACUGCCCAUUUGGCUGUUGUUGGCGGUCCGGAACGUCUAUGUGCGCCCCAUAUUGUGGAUCAGCUGGAUACCCGUGAUCGGGGCACUGUGCAUUAGCCAGGUCGCCGGAUUCGUGCUUAGCUCUUGCGUGAAGGACUUUCGCGCCUUUGCCAUUUUUUCGCCUAUUAUAAAUGGGAUCGGAGGCAACCUAGUCUCCGUGCAGGCCAGUCACAUGGGCAGCGUCUUGUACAUGCGGUCCGAUCUGGGCAAUCUGCCUGGAGAUACCCGGAUUCUGGAGUGGCCACAUCGAAUCUACUUUCGUGGCACUGUCUACUCCCGCGUGGUUCGCAUUCUCAUUGCCAUCUCAGUGCCGGGCAAUGCGGUACUCUUCUUGCUGGCGGAUUACAUAUACUUCUCCUACCUGGCUGCCAAAUGGACCUUCGUAGUCGCCUUCUUGGUCAUUAGCCUGAUCCAACUGCUUAUCUUGCUGUGGCUGGCGCAUGCUUUGGUCCAUUUGCUUUGGCACUGCAAAAUAGAUCCGGAUACGGCCGCGAUUCCAUAUCUGACCGCCGUGGGCGACUCACUGGGCACGGGCCUCCUGGCAGUGAUGUUCCACCUGCUGAGGUUGGCCAAGCAGGAGUUUCAGUCGCCGAAGAAAUCGUUGGUGAGAAUCAGUUUUUAA